AAACAUUUUUGAAUAUAAACAAUUUGAUAUGAUGCUGAUAUUUCAACAAGACAUUUGAAAACUCUAUUUUUAUCAAUCUCAACUAUAAAAAAAAGCAAGCAAAACUUUUUUCUCCUCAAUAAUUUAAUUUAAAAUAAUGUCAAAAGGACUGCCAAUUAAAGAUGCUCUCAAAAUGUGGGAAGAAAAAACCAAUAAGGUGGCAACCGAAGCAGAGGAUAUUGGGCUACAAUUUCAAUGGCCACCAAUUGACAAAAUGGAUAGUACCCUUUCAACUUUAACCGAAUGCAAAAAACUCAGCCUCUCAACAAACAUGAUAGAGAAAAUUUCUGGUAUCAGUGGAAUGAAGAACUUGCGUAUUCUUUCGUUAGCUAGAAACUACAUCAAAAGUCUUCAAGGAAUUGAAGUUCUAACUGAUACACUUGAAGAGCUUUGGGUGAGCUAUAAUUUAAUUGAGAAACUUAAACCAAUUGAUCAAAUGAAAGCUCUAAAAGUAUUUUACGUAUCGAACAAUGCAAUUAAGGACUGGAAUGAAUUUAGUCGUAUUGCACAUGCACCGAACAUAGUGGAGGUAAGUUUUAUCGGGAAUCCUCUGUGCGAUACCAUGGAUGAGGGUACUUUUCGAAGCGAAGUUGUGAGGAAGCUACAGAAUUUAAAGAAGUUCGAUGGAGAGCCAGUAAUAAGGGGAGUUUAAGCCAUUUAAAUAGUUUUGCUUUACUUUUUAAUUUGUUUGUUAAAUUUAUUGAAUAAAUUGAAUAUUUUUUGAGGUCCAAUUUUUUGUUAAA